AUGCCAUCCAUCCAGUUCAACAAGUCGUGCCGGACGCCCCGUACCAGCAAGCGCUUCAAUCGCAACAUCUUGCUGACAACGGCUCCGCUGGUCCUCGCGGCCAUCUUUCUAUGGAGCCGACGUGAUGAAACAGCGGCUGUGCGAGUCCCCCCCAACAAGCUGUGGUUGGAACCCGGCGAAGUCGACCACCCAGGCGACUUUACAACGACGAGCGACUUCCAACCCGUGUCGCUGGGCCCCGGAACCGGAACCACCCAGGAAUUGUGUGCCAGCUUUCCCCGGCACAAACUGUCGCGGAUCCAGCCUGUUCUCAAGAUGGGAUACAGCGAAGACAGAGGCAAGAUCGAGUCGCAGCUGGACACUGUCAGCUCAUGCUUCUCCGCGGACGAUCUGUUGAUAUUCUCAGACGUGGGGGAGACUCUGCGAGACCACAAGGUGAUCGAUAUCCUGGCCUAUCUGCCAGACACAUACCGGAAGGGGCAGCACACCUCCAAAUUUCAGCAGUAUUUUCUGCAGAAAGAGCUGAAGGAGGAGGGGAAGUUGGACACGGAUAAAGAGGCCGCAAAGAAGAUUGACGGCUGGGGUUUGGACAAGUUCAAGUUCCUGCCCGGAGUCGAAAGAGCGUGGGCCAUGAAGCCGAACAAGGAGUUUUACGUCUUUUACGAGACGGACACCCGUCAUCCAAGGUACAUCAUCUGGGACAGCAUGUUCCGCUUCCUCGACACACUGGACCCCGAUGCUCCCUUGUACAUGGGAUCGCCUACCCCGGGACGCCGGGACAAGAAACGCCGCCAGAGGACAUUGUUUGCCAACGGCGGCCCCGGGUAUGUGCUCAGUCGCGGAGCCAUGAGGAAGCUUCUCCACCGCCGGGUCGGGCCAAACGGGGCGUACGUCGAUCCGCCGUUGAGCGAGCGGUUCCGAUACCUCGCCCACGACCGCGAGUGUUGUGGCGAUGCCAUCCUAUCCAUUGCGGCCUGGGAGCUGGGCGUUGUCCUGCAGGGCUUCUAUCCGCUGUUCACGCCGUACGUGCUGCCGGGUCUGCGGUUCGACGAGAGCCACUGGUGCCACCCGUUGAUAACCAUGCACAAGGUCGCGCCCCCGGACAUGGUCAAGCUGUGGAGGUGGGAGUUUGAACACAGAAAACACGGUGAACCGCUCAUGUACUCGGACCUGUGGCACUUCUACCGCCCGGGCCAGCAAGCGACCCGGGACGACUGGGACAACGAAGCCCGUGUCAGUUUCAAGCCCGGCAGGGACGGCAAAGUAGACUCUUACCAAGGCUGUCAGAGACUGUGUCGGGCCGACGAGAAGUGUAUGCAGUGGCUUUGGAAAGGACGGGACCAGAACACCUGUCACCUCAUGCACACCAUUCACCAUGGGAGACCCCGGGGAGCACACCAAGUCGGUGGGAAAUGGAUCGACUACAAGAGCGGCUGGGAGACGGAGAGGAUCGAAGAAUGGCACUCGAGCAGGAAGUGCGACACGGCCAACUGGGUCGGUCCCAGUCUGAAGCGCAUAUUCUAG